UUUCCUUUGCAAAAGGCACUCAGAGUAAAUAAGUUGAGACAACAACAAAACUCAGUCAGCGUUGCCUCUUAUGCAAGUUGCUGUGGUGCAAGCACUCCUUCCUGCCUGUUUGAAGGCGCAAAGGGAGAAAGGAGGAUGAGGGGAAUGAACAUGGGGAUGUGGAGCUGGGGGACCCCACCUUCUCCACUGCACAUGCUGAGGGCUAAGCCAGCAGAAGCAUCUGGCUUUGGGGAUAAAUGAAACUGUGAUCAGAGAUUCCUGUUAAAUACUAACCUGAGGGAGUGAGUCACCCUGCAGGCUGUAGUCAGGCUGACGGACACAGGGUACCAGGCCAUAUAGAGUGUGUCAUCUGUCAGAAGCAGAUGCUGCACAUGAAAUAAGGAGCAGGCAGCAUUUGUCCACCUGCUGGGCUCUCUCCUCUAGGAGCAGGGAGAAAGUAUGCUCUAUUGUGUUUCUGCAAUUUCUGCAGUUAAUCUUAGCCCUGCUAUUCUGGUUGAAAGACUCCUUUAUUGCCUGAGAAGACAGCAGCAUGAUGUUUGAAAGCAGGCUGUUUGCAGGCCGCAGCCCCUGAUGACAGGCAGAACAUGAGACUGGACAGGACUAGCCCUAUCUCUGCAUCCUUAUUUUGUCUCAGACUCAGGAACAGGCUCCUGCACAAGCCACCAGUGGCUGGCACUGCAACGAGGUACCCAAGUGAUGAGGAGAGCUGUGGUGGGCCAUCUGUAGCUCAUUUUCCUUUCCCUUGCAGUGUGUUCCAUGGGAAACAGCACCAGCCGGCUCUACAGCGUGCUCGCCAAGACGCUGAGCAGCGGUGCCGUAUCCCAGCACCAGGACUGCCUGGAGCAGCUGGACCCAGCUCAGCUGGAUCCUAUAGACCCCAAGGAUCUGCUGGAGGAAUGUCAGGUCGUUCUGCAGAAGAGGCCACCCCGGUUUCAGAGGAACUUUGUGCACCUGAAGAAGAACACUGCCAGUAACCACCGCCCCAUCCGGGUCAUGCAGUGGAACAUCCUCGCCCAAGCUCUCGGGGAAGGCAAAGACAACUUUGUUCAGUGCCCCAUGGAAGCUCUGAAGUGGGAGGAGAGGAAGUGCCUCAUCCUGGAGGAAAUCCUGGCGUACAAGCCCGACAUCCUGUGCCUUCAGGAGGUCGACCACUACUUCGACACCUUCGAGCCGCUGCUCAGCCGCCUGGGCUACCAGUGCACGUUCUUCCCGAAGCCGUGGUCACCGUGCCUGGACGUGGAGCACAACAACGGGCCGGACGGCUGCGCCCUGUUCUUCCUGAGGGAGCGCUUCCAGCUGGUCAGCAGCGCCAACAUCCGCCUGACGGCCAUGAAGCUCAAGACCAACCAGGUGGCCAUCGCCCAGACGCUGCGGUGCCGCGAGACCGGCCGGCUCUUCUGCAUCGCCGUCACCCACCUGAAAGCGCGCACGGGCUGGGAGCGCUUCCGCUCCGCCCAGGGCUGCGACCUGCUGCAGAACCUCAAGGACAUCACCCAGGGAGCCAAGAUCCCCCUGAUUGUCUGCGGGGAUUUCAACGCAGAGCCCACCGAGGAGGUGUACAGGGAGUUCUCCAACUCCAGCCUCAACCUGAACAGCGCCUACAAGCUGCUGAGCCCCGACGGGCAGUCGGAGCCCCCCUACACCACCUGGAAGAUCCGGCCCUCGGGAGAGUGCCGGCACACUCUGGAUUAUAUCUGGUACUCCCAGCACGCCUUGAACGUGACCUCAGCCCUGGGCUUGCUGACUGAAGAGCAGAUUGGGCCCAACAGGCUGCCCUCCUUCAAUUACCCCUCCGAUCACCUGUCCCUCGUGUGUGACUUUAGUUUCAGUCAGGACCCUGACAGACUGCUGUGAUGUCUUGGAAUGCCACUUGGUAUUGCAGUGUCUGAACUCGCCAGUCUUUUAUUUUAGAGAAAACCUUUGAAGCCAGAUGCUGUUGAGAGAUGAGGAAAUACUGUUGACUAACCAUUAUUUCAGGCACUUGUUUUGGAGUUACACUUGCUGUUCAACCCUCGUUAAUGUGCAGCCUUCGAGGGAAGAAGAAGGAAGCCAGUGUUCUCAUCAUGCUCUUCUUUCCAUGUAAGGGUUUGAAAACUAGAGGGGAAAUGAGCUUUAUCCUUUCACUAAGCCCCCUGUUUUAAGGAUUUAAUCCUCUAAUGAAUGUGGAGGCCUUAGUAUUUAAAUCAAAACACUUGUGUUUGUAAAACAACUUGCCCUGACAGCAUGCUAAUUUUAUUUAUUUCAUGUUAAGCUUCUGCAAGUACCAAAGGGAAUGAGGUUCGACCACCCAGUCACAUUGUCUUAAAUCUUUUUGUGUUGCAAUAUGAAGGAAGUUUAACUCAGUUUAGACAAAAAGCUGAGCUCAUAGUAGUGUGGUGGUGUCAUUUUUCUGUGACCUGAGAUGACAAAUUCACUAGAAGUGUGAGAAGGGCCCCCUGCAGUAAGAGCAGGUGAGGAAACAGAGGCUGACCAUGACCUAGAGUAAUGCCCUCACUUUUCCAGAACAAUGUGCAUGUGUCUGUCACACACAUACAGCCUGUAGGCUGUACAGUCACUGUACCUUCAUCUCUUCUGUGCUUCCCUCUGGAGGACACAGCUAACCAGGGACUAUUUCUUCCUCUGCUUUGAGUAUUACUUUUCUAAAUGGUUUAAAUUUGUAGUCUUGUCGAUCUUGCUGUUUCAGUAAAGGGCCAGUCUUAAUGUGGAAAGAUUUUCUUUUAUUUAUCUUCAGAAUCUAAAGCUACACUGGAACCUGUUAUAAAAUUUAUUUAUUGAGAGAAACUGGUGAUCCUGCAUCUGAUUGGAAAUCGUAGAGUGACAGUGUUCAGGAGCCUCUUCCUGUGACCCAGGAAAACUCUGGUAAAGCAGCUGGGCUACAACAGAGCUGUGUUAGUGUGUUAACUCCUGUGAUUGCUCAUGGGUGACAUAGGAAUUGCAUAUAUGGAUUGUAAACAUGCCAUCAUGCCAGAAAAUGACAUGGGAAGAGAGGAGGGAAGAGGGACAACAGUUGGAGUUGGGCUGACAUUUAGAUAGUUGAGGAAGAGAUGUCAGGGCAAAUAAAGCAGUAUUUCCAUGUGAAGUAGGGUGCAUAGUAACUCUUAAAUGUUCCAGGUGUUUAUUAAUAAAACUCU